UGUGUUGCUGAUUGUGACUAUGUUUUUGGCACUUUUGGCAUUAUCUAGGAACCUUACUUGAAUCUAAGUUUGAUAAGGUGAAGUAUUGGUUUGCUUUUGAUAUUGAACUUUUAUAGUUGUCUAAAGAGUUCAAUAUAAGAAUAAAGACAGUAAAUUACUAUUAUAAAUCUCAGACAGAAAGCACCUGCUACUCUACAAUGUAAAGAAGCGUGUGGUCCCCCUAGUUCUGUUUGGAGAUGGGUGCAAUUACAAUCCUUCUCUUUAAUCCCUCUUCUGUGUUUCUUUUACAAAUCCAGCCUUGCUGUAGCAAUUACCUUUCAUGAAGUUACAAGGAUGCGUCAGGAGGAAAAUGCCUUUAAUGUAAAUUGUGGCUCAACCCCAAAAGAUUAAAUAUAAUUGGAUCCUAACAGUUCUUGUAACAAUCCAUAUAAUCCAGAUGUAGUAAACAUCUAGAUAAAAAGUCAAUCGGGUCUGAAGCUCUCACAACUUUGAUAAAUUCAGAUUUGAAUCUGUAAUGAUUUUCAACUCGACUGAUUUCAGAUGCUCUGGAAUCUGUAUCCAUCUUUAAGAAGGAUGCUAAAGCUGAAAGUAUUCCUCUGCUUUAGACUCAGUGGGGUUUUCUGUGUGUCUCUAUCCUCUAGAGAAAAGGAACUCCGUGGAGAAGGAGGCUAACUAGGUUGCUGAAGUCAAGCAGCAUUAACCCAACUUUGGCAGCUUGGGUCUAUGUCUUAUGACAUGGAGAUGUAUAACCUGAAUGUGAUUACAAGUAAUUAAUAAAUUAAGUAUGCAGUUACAACAAUUAGUUAAUGUUUAUUCAGUGUUUCUUUUUCCCCUUCCUAGAUUGCAGGGUAGCUCACAAGUCUUUUACAGUCUUGGCUCUAGUUUAUAGAUGAGAGGAUGAAGUUGUUAAAUGUGGAGUCAUUCACAGUCAAGUGAACCACUGUCAAAACUAGAAAGAGUUCAAGUUUGAUGCCUUUUUCUCAUGGAUAUGCCACUUUAUAAUUUUUUAUAUUUGUAGUUUUUUUUAUAAAUUAUUAUAAUUUGCUAAUGAUGUUGUAAGUAACCAGAGAAAAUGUGCAGGUGAUUGCUUGUUUUGUUGAGGCACUUUUGCCUUGCGUUUCCUUGAAGCUAGGUUUUUGUGGGUUGAAAAUAUGAGUAAAUGGGUGAAGUCUGCAUUUUUUUCUCUUUACACAAAAUAUGCAUAAGAUUGCCAGUAAAACUAUUUUUGACUUCCUGUGGAAAAAGUACAUAUUUCUUUACCAUAGCUUUGUAGGUGCUUCAUCUGUUCAUCACUGUACUUGGCCAGGCUAUGUCUUGAUGAACAACAAGUGAUUCCAUCUCCUAAGAUAUAGUAACCAGCAGCCAGAUCAACAAAGGGGUUAAAACUGAGACAGCCCUUUUACUUCAGUGGAAGUGUAGUUGUUGAUUUAUAGCUCUCAGUAAAUGAUUAUUGGAGAUCUGCCAUGUGUAGCAGAGCAUUCAGAAAGCACACCACAGACUCUGCUUCCUCCUGAAGAGCGUUUGUCAACAUCUCACUUUAACUGCAGUCUUGUAAGGUACCAGCAGGCAGGCAAAACUCACCAGCCAGCAGUCAUGGAAGAUCAGGUCUUUACCAAUGUUUAUCAAAAUGUUAACACCACCAAUAUCUAUGAGAUUCAGGGCUCUAAAGAAGACAAAAGGGAUAAUCUUUAUGAUCAUGUCCAUGAAGAUCCAGUAUCUCCUUCUUCCAUCACUACUCUCCCCGAGAGCAUGGAUAGUAGCCAGGACAGCUCAGAAGAUAGCUGUAGUAAUUCUGUGGCCUUUCAGCAUGGGGCUGAUGGGGAGGAUGGUUCUUCUUCAUCUCACCAUGGUGCUGAAGAAGACCACCCAUACCAGGAGAUGGAUCUGAUGAGCCCAACUCUGGAAGAUAAACAUGUAGAGGGCAUGAUGUUUAAGAGCAACAUGCAUUUUCCUCUGGAUUUCCAGUUGCGUCGGAGCCGGAGCACUUCUUCCAACUCUUCAACUUCCCUCAAGUUCCCUCUUAACAAUAACUUCGGAGAAACUGACAACUUUCAGGAAGAUUGUGAGAUUUUCAUGUUUGUAAAGGCUGGGAUAGAUGGAGAAAGCAUUGGGAACUGCCCAUUCUCCCAGCGUCUCUUCAUGAUCCUCUGGCUCAAAGGAGUUGUGUUCAACGUCACCACUGUUGAUCUGAAAAGAAAGCCAGCUGACCUGCACAAUCUGGCUCCUGGGACCCACCCACCUUUUUUGACUUUUAAUGGAGAAGUCAAGACAGAUGUUAACAAGAUUGAGGAAUUCUUGGAAGAGACUCUUGCACCUCCAAAGUACCCCAAGCUGGCUGCCAAGCACCGGGAAUCAAACACUGCUGGAAUUGAUAUCUUUUCCAAAUUUUCUGCAUACAUCAAAAACACCAAGCAGCAGGAUAAUGCUGCCCUUGAAAAAGGUUUGGUGAAGGCUCUGAAGAAGCUGGAUGACUAUCUGAGAACCCCUCUGCCAGAGGAGAUUGAUGCAGACAGCACUGAAGAGGAGAAAGUGUCUAAACGCAAGUUUCUGGAUGGAGAUGACCUGACCCUUGCUGACUGCAAUCUUCUGCCCAAGCUCCAUGUUGUCAAGAUUGUUGCAAAGAAAUACCGCAACUUUGAGUUCCCAACGGAGAUGACAGGGCUGUGGCGGUACCUGAAGAACGCGUAUGCCAGGGAUGAAUUCACCAACACCUGUGCAGCUGACAAGGAAAUUGAGCAAGCUUAUGCAGACGUGGCCAAGCGGCUCAGCAAGUCCUAAGUGACCUCAGUGGUGGCUCAUUAUCCCCUUUUACAGACUCUUCUCCUUGUUGCCUUAAGAUAUACUUUGUUGUUAUGCUAUCUGGUUGGCAUCCCUAUGACUUCAUCUGUUCAAGUGUAUGGGUAAGGGACAAAUCUGCUUCUCCCUUGAGAAAAGAGAAGGCAGCUCUAGUGUGGGAUCAUGGAGACCUUUUGAAAUCUGAACCUGAGAUCUUGCUCAACUAGUAUUAUUUGCAAUCAGUAUUUGAAAUUAAUCCACUUUAAUAGUUUCUUUUUUCAUGUUGGGGUAUAUCACCACCUGUAUUCUUUGGAGUUUUAAAAAUAGGAUGUUAGCUGAAUUUUCAAGAGUUAGGAACACAUAGAACGGGUUCUUCUGUAGGCUAUUUCAAGGACGUUUUUUUCCCCAGUGCUGUUGACAUCCUUGAGGCAGGAGCAAGAUCUGAGAGGGGUUGGGGGGAAAGGCGUAUGA